AUGGGUUCAAGGCAUCGACUUGAUCAUUCCGAUGCAUUCGAUCAGCAUUCGGAUUCAACUACUCCAAAGAUUCUUCUAUUAUCACCCGAACAGUUAAUGUUUGAUUAUACGAAUGGAAUAUUUUUGAGUGGAAUGUUUGAUAAAGUCUCUAUUUCAAAAAUCUGGAAAAAGAAACCAGAAGAGGCUCUUCAAUUAGGAUGA